AUGGCAGCAGUGCCACAGAAGACUCUAGAAUGGCUCUACCGAGUUCUGACCAGCAAUGCACACGAUUCAAACCAAGCAUACCGCGAUCCCAACCGGACGUAUAGCGAUACAGCUCAGCUUUUAGCCCAGUUCCCUUCAUUCUCUCCCCGGACAGAUGUCUACACAUAUGAAAACGGCGUAUCAGCUCUACUUCUACACUUGACAGGCACGUUGCCGGUGAAUUUUAGAGGAGCUGUAUACCGGUUCCCGAUUGCGAUAUGGAUUCCGAAUUUGUAUCCAGAUGCGUGCCCGAUGGUUUAUGUGACCCCAACACCAGAUAUGUUGGUGAGACCAGGCCAGCAUGUUAGCAGUGAUGGGAGGAUAUACCACCAUUAUCUUGCACACUGGGCUGAGGCUCGGGAUCGAUCUACGCUGGUUGACUUCCUUCUGAUAUUAAAGGACGUGUUUACGAAAGAACCACCUGUGAUAUCUAAAGAGGCUCCGAUCAGGAGACAACCACCGCCGGAAACGCAGAAUACUCCACCCGCAGUGCCUCCAUUGCCAGCUGAGCUAGCACGACCUUCACCAAGCGCUUCAUCGACGCCAGCAGCACAACCGCCAGCCCCUCCAAAGCUUCCUCCAAAACUAGGCGGAGAGAGGCCUCACCCUGCAGAAAUCCCAGUUGAGAAUGCCGCGCGCAAUGUACCACCACCCUUACCACCUCUCCCUGCAGAAUUACAGUCCGUCGUUUAUCAAGGAGAAAGCAGAGGGCCAGAGGGCCGAGGAAACCAGUAUCUACCCCAAAGAUCAAGCAGCCUAAGAAGAGAAGUCCCUCCCCUCUUCCAGCCUCCACCUCCAACUCACCCAAGUCAACACCAGGUCUACACCCUACAACACCAGGACCACAGACCGCCAAACCUUCAGGGUCCACCAGGGAGAUCUCCACCCCCUAUAUCCCAAUAUCAACACACUCAUCAGCCUCCAUAUCAUUCUCAGCCCCCUCAGCCCCAGCACGGCGGUCAUGCAGUACACCAUUCACAACAGCAGGCAGCCCAUCACCAGUAUGGCCCACCACAUACUCCCCAACCCGGGCUUCUACAACAUCCAACCGCAAAAUCUCCACCAAAGAAACCACAGACUCCCGACCUUCUUACCUCUCCAUUUGAUCUAGAACUACCUGCCCAACUACCCCCAUCCUCCCCACCUCCAAUUCCCCCAAAUCCGGAGAAAGAUGUGCUACUGCAGACACUUUCACGGACCUUAACUCAAACCCUCCACGCCAACAUCGAACAAGCAAAUUCUCGCAUAGAGCCCCUGAAUUCACAGUCAAAAGCACUACAUGACGCCAUUGCAACUCUCCGAGCUGAGAUCGCUGCGGUAAACGCGUUUCAUGCUAAUAUCCAGACAAAUACCCAAAUACUCCAGCAAUCUCUUCAUCGCGCUGACGGCGUUAUUGCAGAUGCCAAGUCACGCAUAUCAUCUUCAUCUGCGUCAUCAUCCUCUCAACAACCGGCUGGACUACCUGCUAUAGACGAGGUACUUGUUGCUCCAACGGUUGUAGGAAAGCAAAUAUACGAUCUUGUGACAGAUGAACGUGGUAUUCAACGAGCGAUAUAUGCUCUUCAGUCUGCACUCGUCAGAGGACGAGUUGGGGUAGAUGUAUGGGCCAAGUCGACGAGAAAUUUAGCCAGAGAAGCUUUUUUGAAGAAAGCCUUGAUUCGGAAAGCAUCUAAGGGGAUGGGCCUGGCUGUGUAG